CAGAAUGUGGUCCCUAUGUCAGCGCCCUAGCUUUGUCCGGCCAGCGGUCAGGAACCAAGCGCGUCAGAACAUCCGGCUCGCACAACGCUGCCGACCCCAAAUAGUUGCUCGCUCUGCGGAUGAUACAACGGCUAGCACCUCGAACCAGGAGGAGCUACCAGAAGAACUGCGGGACCUUGCAAUUUCUGAGGAUGGAUUCCUCAUAGACACCAAAACGGGCAAGCAAAUCAACGAGAUGGGCGCCACACGGUUUGAUGUGGCGGUUCGUGCGCUUCGAGGGGAGCUCGACCCGCCGGAAUGGGUGGAGAACACGGAGCGGUCAUCCGGGAUCAUCCUGUCCGCGCUGUACCAGUUUCCCCGCAUGUACACGUUCCAGGUGGUGGGCAAGGCGGGCAGCAGCAGCAGCAGCGGCAGUGGCGCGGCGGACGGCGCCUCCGGUGCCGGCAGCAGCGGCAAGGACGAGUUCGUGAAGGCGGUGGUGGGCACUGUGUCGCGGGUGGCGCAGGCAGAGGUGGAGGACGGCAAGGUGGAGGUCAAGGAGCGCAUGGGCGGCAAGUACGUGAGCGUGUCGGUGGACGUCAUGACUCGGGCGCCAGAGAUUGUGGGCCUAGUGUACGACGAGCUUGGCAAGGACCCCCGGGUCAUGAUGCGCUUUUGAGCGAGGAGGGUGCGAGGGGUUCUGAUCGAGAAGGGAGGGGAUCGCCAAGAGGGGGCUGAGCUGGUGAGCAAGGAGCGCGUUGCGCCGUGCGCGGUGUCGGGGGGAGCAGCGGGCAGGGACAGUGAGUUAGCGAGCUGUACGUGAGCCGGAAGCAGAUACGGGAGAGCGGGGCGGUAUGAGACGAGAGUAUAAGCGUUCCUUCGGCUUGGAGUGCGUGUGGCCUUGAGCGGCCUUGCAACGUGACGGUGUGGCCGUGUGGGUCCACAAGACACGGGCUUGCCAUUUGAGGCUGUAGGCUUUUUACACCGGCCUCG